AUGACCGUUUCACGAGCUGAGCCGUCAUCGUCACCGUCAUCGUCGUCUUCUUCGUCUUCUUCGUCUCUCUUGGAUGGCCAUCUCCUUUCUUCUACUGCUUUCUUCUCUCCUGACGGCCUGGUGAUGUCUGAUGCCAGGUUGCCAGUGGUUGCACAGCUCGGAGGCGAGCUAGAUCAUCCGACUGUUCGCUUCUCUUCUGCUGCUACUUCUCUGGCUCUUCUGCCUCUUCGAUGUAUAUUUUUAUCUGCAGGUAUGACUGACUGGUGCAACGCUUGUCUCCUGAGGCUGGCUCUCUUGACCCUUUCUAGUCCCAUCGACUGUCCUCCACCACGGCGGACCUCCUUUGCCGCCUGUCUCUGCUGGCUCCGUCUCCUCCUCUGGGUCCGAAACACUAACCAUCGAAAUAAGAAGGAGAAGAAGAAGCAGCCAGAAGGAAAUAAGAAUAGCAAGCUAGCUAUCUAUCGCCGUCGCUGUCCUCUCCUGUCAUGUCCUGUCCUCUCCUAUCUAUAUAAAAAGAGAGAGACUUCCGCCUUUGGUUACCUAACCUUCUUUUUUUUUUCUUCUCCUUCACCCACCAAAAUAUUUUUCUCCCUCCUCUCUUCGUCGACUUCGCUACAUCUUCAGCUCUACCCCCCGCUACAUCCUCCACUACGCCGACUCCAGCUGCUCGACUCAGGCCUGUCUGGCGGUCUGAAGUUGCUUUGCUGUCGAACAGGUUCAGCCCCCCCCUUUUGCCCUUCGCCACCGCUUGCAUCCUGCGCUGCGCUGCUGCUGGCCUUGCUGCCAAUCACCACCACCCCUCCCAGCCCCGGACCAGCGCCCGCGCCCCCCCGGACGACAGAGCGUGCUCGUGGAUGGACACCAGCUAGCCCGCACGAAGAGGACAUGGCGGAGUUUGGAGGAGUGAAUGCCCAUGCCCACGCAGACCUGUUGCGGCAAGCGAUGCUUCAGAACGUCAUUCGAACGACGGAGAACAGCGAAGAACGAAAAGAAGAAGAAGAAGAAGAAGAAGACGAAGACGAAGACAACGACAACAAAGUAGAAAGAGACUACGGUGGCAAGGAAAAGGCCAGCACAUCCUCCUGUCGACCGGCUCUCAUCUCCGCGUCCAGACAAGAGCUACGCUGCAAGGCCAGAGACCGCUUUAUCUCCGCCUGGGGGGAGGGGAGGGAUGGGAAAACGCCACCAAGCUGUCACCCCAGCUUUUUGUUUUCCAUGCCACGGCAAUAG